UCCCUACACAAAGGUUUAAAAUGAUAAAACAUGACUACGUGUAUAUUUUAUUGACUAUCUAGUGAGGUUAUUAGCAACGGUGCAUAAGUGUAAACACAAACAUUACUUCAUUUAAAUAAAGAGAUAUUGAAGAUAAAUUGAUUUUGGUUCUUUUUUGUUCCGCAAUUCUUCUUUGCAUAUCUGAUUGUCGGAAUUUAGUGUUACUCGUACAGAAAUUUUAACGUUUAAAUGUUAAUAAACAUUUAUUUAAAAGCCUGUUAACACGAAAAGACAACUUUAACUAAUCUGAAGGUCAUAAUGGCGACUAAAGGAAGUGAAAAUGCAUCAGAUGAACUGAUAGAAAUUGAAUGUAGUGUCUGCGCUGGGAAAAAUAAAACCCGAGAAGCGGAAAAAUAUUGUGUAGAAUGUCAGGAUUAUUACUGUAUACCUUGUACAGACAUGCACAAAGCAUUUCCUGCAAUGAGGGGACACAAAUUGUUGGACAAAUCUGAAUUUCGCACGAAAAGAACACUGACAUCUUUACCGAUUUAUCCGACAGAGAGAUGUUCGAUCCAUAAGGCCAAACUGUUGGACAUAUUCUGUGAGAACCAUGAUGAAGUUCUUUGUGCAACAUGCGUAGCAAUCAAUCACAGAUCAUGUCAGGCUAUACAUUCGAUUCCUGAAGAAGUUGAUACUCUGUACAAGCAUCCACUUUCAAGUAAAAUUAUAUCAGGACUUAAUGAAGAAAAGCAGCAAUUUGCAGAUAUCAAACAAAGGAAACAGCAUCUAAUAACUGAGAUAAAGAAACAAAAGAAAAUCGCUAUUGAUUCAAUAUUAGACUAUAAGAAAGAACUUGAGAAUGAACUGAACAGACUUGAGCGAAAAUCAGUCAAGUUAGUUGAAGAAGAAUAUGGAAGUAUUGAACAAGAUUUACAGAAUGCCAUCAAAGAAUCAGAUAAAUGUAUUGAUGAAUUUGAACAAUCAGCUGACAAGAUACAAAGGUCUCAAGGAAAUAAAGCUCAAGAAUUUGUGAACAUAAAAACUGCUCAGAGAAUUAUUCGCACGGCCAGUGAAUCUAAAAAAAUGCUGGAUAAAUCGGUUGUUGCUCAAAUAGCAUUAACCAUGAACGCAAAAAUUAAACAGUUUUUGAAACAAGCUUGUGUAUUAGGGCAUGUGUCAAGGACAACAGCUUAUACUGUGAAACAACACAGCAGUUUAAGCGCAAAGAUGAAGUCAGAUACGUCAUGUUGGCUAUAUCAUUCAUGCCUUCUUGAGGAUGGUUCUCUGCUUGUCACAGAUAUUAAUAAUAAGAAACUGAAGCGUAUUAAUACUACCAACUAUACCAUCACAGAUCACCUUGACAUGGAGACUGGACCUAUAGCUGUAUGUCAAACUGGUAAACAAGAAGUUGCAGUUAAUCUUCAAAAUAAAAGUAUUGCAUUUGUUUCACUUGAUACCAAGAUGGUAGUUACCAGAAAGCUAGAUAUGGAUCACCACUGUAGCGGCAUUGCUUACAAUAAAGACAAAUUGUUCGUAUCUGAUGAAAAGAAUGCAGUUUACAUAUACGAUAUGAACGGUUGUAUGAUACGUAAAAUUACUACAGACGGUUCAGGGAAGUCACUUUUCAGCAGUAAUCGACAUAUAUCCUUAAGCACAAACCGAGAAUGUGUAUAUGUGUGUGAUUAUAAAAAUGGUUUAGUAACCCUAGAUAUGCAGGGAAAUCACAUAUCCACAUUUACUGAUGCUGAUAUGAGUGGUCCACAAGGCGUUUGUACAGAUGGCAGAGGGAAUAUAUUUGUAGGUGCAUCGACUUCAUCAAAUAUUAUACAGAUUAGAGAGGAUUUGAUGACAAAAAUAGGUGUUAUCAUAACAGAUACAAAUGCACAUUCUGUUUGUUUUGAUGCAAAUAAAAACAUUAUAUUUGUUACUCCUGAGCAAGAAAAUUCAGUUAAAGUCUACAAACUUGAAUGACGCUUACAGUAGCUAAUUUGUUAUCGCCUACAUUUAAAUAUGACAUUUUUAUUAUUAUAUACAGAACAUGUUAUUGACAUUGGCAGGUAUCAAAAGGUUUCUUAAUACCAUAAAAAGACAAUGUGUGUAUGUUUGUGAUAUUGACUAGAUUUAAUGUUUUGAUCAUUAUCGUUUUGAUGCGACAAAAAAUUAACCACUCAGGCCUACGGUCUUCGUGGUCAAUUCCUACGUAUCAAAAGUUUAAACCGGUGUUAAAUAGCUGAUAAACAUCGCUCAGGCCGAUAUUAUUUCUUAAAUGUUAAGUUUUGAAAAUUUAUGACCAAUAUUAUAAAUGUUAUAAAAAA